AUGGACAUUAAUGAACCAUCGUUUUGGGGUAUUACCUUCAUUCUUUUGUUGUUGUUGAUUUGGCUAGCAAAAAACUUCAAGCCAAAGUUUAAUCACAAACUGCCCCCUGGCCCAAGGAAGUUACCUAUCAUAGGGAAUCUGCAUCAACUAGCAUUAGCAGGUUCACUUCCACACCUUGCUCUGCGAGACCUUGCCAAAAAUUAUGGCCCUCUCAUGCACCUCCAACUAGGUCAAAUUUCAGCAGUCAUUGCAUCCUCUCCCGAGAUGGCCAAGGAGAUAAUGAAAACCCAUGAUGUUGCUUUUGCACAGAGACCCCAAGUUGUUCCUGCUCAGAUUUUCACCUAUGGGGGAAUAGACAUGGCUUUUGCCCCAUAUGGUGACUACUGGAGGCAGAUGAGGAAAAUAUGCAUGUUAGAGCUUCUUAGCGCCAAGAAGGUGCAGGCUUUCUCUUUUAUCAGAGAACAAGAAACAGAAAAGUUCAUAAAAUCAAUUGAGUCAUCCGCGGGGUCAGAAAUCAACCUUAGCAGCAGAAUUUCCAACCUCAUAAGCACUUCUGUUUUCAGGGCAGCGUUUGGGAACAUGUGCGGGGACCAGGACGAGUUUGAGUCUUUGCAGAAGGAAGUAGCGAUACAUCUUGGAGGAUUUGACAUCCCUGAUUUGUUUCCUUCUAUGGAAUUCAUACGUGUCCUAACUGGGAAAAUGGCCAAAUUGGAAAAAUUGCAGAAGCGGCUUGAUAGGAUCUACGACAACAUUGUUACUCAGCAUCAGCAAAAGAUCUCGAGAGUACAAGAAGAAAGCGCGAAAGCAGAAGAGGAAGAUCUUGUUGAUGUUCUUCUGAGAGUCCAAGACAGUGGGAGCCUCGGCAUCACCAUGACCAUCCAACACAUCAAAGCUAUGGUUUCGGAUAUAUUUGUUGCUGGAAUUGAUACUGCAGCAUCGAUCAUAGAUUGGAGCAUGACAGAAAUGAUGAGAAACCCAACAGUGAGGCGGAAGGCACAAGCUGAGUUAAGACAAGCAUUUAAAGGAAAGAGAAUAAUCCAUGAAAGUGAUUUAGAGGAAGUUAGUUAUUUGAAGCUGGUGAUCAAAGAGACAUUGAGACUGCAUCCUCCUGCUCCUUUGUUGCUUCCCAGAGAAUGCUCUGAACCAACCAUGAUUGAUGGCUAUGAAAUACCUAUCAAGACUAAAAUCAUGGUAAAUGUAUGGGCAAUGGGAAGAGAUCCAAAAUAUUGGGAUGAUGCUGAGAGGUUUAUGCCAGAGAGGUUUGAUGGUAGCUCCAUUGAUUUCAAAGGGAACAACUUCGAGUAUCUGCCAUUUGGGGCAGGAAGAAGAAUGUGUCCAGGCAUGUCAUUUGGUUUAGCCUCCAUUAUGCUUCCUCUAGCUCUUCUACUUUAUCAUUUCAACUGGGAACUUCCAAAUGGGAUGAAACCUGAGGAUUUGGAUAUGACAGAAAACUUCGGAUUGGCAAUUAGAAGGAAGGGAGUGUUGUGCUUGAUUCCUACUGUUUACGAUCUCUCACUGCACCACUGA